CUGGUGACACUAGUCACUCUCUGACAUCCCACAUACCCUUUACCUGUUGGCUUCAUGAUCCCAUGUUUUCCCAGGGCUCAGGCCUACCCACUGAGGAGGUGCUAAUGUGUUUGUCCAGUGGUGACCGAUGGAUGGAUGAAGGGAGGGCAUUUCACCAGAAAUGAGAUGGCAAACCGCUCCAGGUGUCCUGCAGCACUGCUGUGACCUCAUCCCCUCCCAGGACAGCAUGCGGGCCUAUGCGGCCAACGUCUACACAUCCGUGGUGGCGGAGCUGAUGCGUGGGGAGCGGCGGCGCUUCAUCGCGGUGGAGCAAGAGUUCUUCCGGCUGUGGUGGGACGGGGUUGCCUCGGAGCAGCAGAAGCAGCAGGUCCGCGAGCUCCUGGCCAAGGGACGCCUGGAGUUUGUCCUCGGAGGCCAGGUCAUGCAUGAUGAGGCUGUGACCCACCUGGAUGACCAGAUCCUACAGCUCACAGAAGGACACGGGUUCCUGUACGAAACCCUCGGGGUCCGGCCGCGCUUCUCCUGGCACGUGGACCCAUUUGGCGCCUCGGCCACGACACCCACCCUGUUUGCCCUGGCAGGAUUCCAUGCCCACCUCAUCUCCCGCAUCGACUACGACCUCAAGGAUGCCAUGCAGGAUGCCCAGGGCCUGCAGUUCGUGUGGCGAGGGUCCCCGUCCCUGUCCGCGCAGCAGGAGAUCUUCACACACGUCAUGGACCAGUUCAGCUACUGCACGCCCGCCCACCUGCCCUUCUCCAACAGGUCCGGCUUUUACUGGAAUGGUGUGGCUGUCUUCCCAGAGCCUCCCCCAGAUGGAGUGUACCCUAACAUGAGCGAGCCCGUCACCCCGGCCAACAUCGAGCUCUAUGCCCAGGCCCUGGUGGCAAAUGUGAAGCAGCGGGCCGCAUGGUUCCGGACGCCCCAUGUGCUCUGGCCCUGGGGAUGUGACAAGCAGUUCUUCAACGCCUCGGUGCAGUUUGCCAACAUGGACCCACUGCUGGACUACAUCAACAGCCACACGGCCGAGCUCGGUGUGACGGUGGAGUACGCUACGCUGGGCGAAUACUUCCACGCCCUGCAUGCACUCAAUGUCACCUGGGACAUCCGAGACCACCACGACUUCCUGCCCUAUGCCUCAGAACAGCUGCAGGCCUGGACGGGCUUCUACGCGUCCCGCAGCACCCUCAAGGGGCUGGCACGACAAGCCAGCGCCUUGCUGUAUGCUGGGGAGUCCAUGUUCACACGCUACAUGUGGCCGGCACCCCUUGGGACUCUGGACCCCGCCUGGGCUCUGCAGCAACUGCAGCAGCUCCGCUGGGCUGUCUCUGAGGUCCAGCACCAUGACGCCAUCACCGGAACCGAGUCCCCCAAGGUGAGCACCAUGUACACAGAGCACCUGGCCAUGGGGACACUGGGUGUGCGCAAGCUGAUGACGGCCAUCGCCAGGGACAGUGUGCAGCACGCGGCCCUAGCGUCCGGCUCGGGUUCAAGGCCUGAAGGACACCUUGCCUCUGUCUACAACCCGCUGGCCUGGACCAUCACCACCAUCGUCACCUUGACUGUUGGCUUUCCUGGAGUCAGUGUCACGGACGAAUCAGGCCGCCCUGUGCCUGCGCAGAUCCAGAACUCAACUAAGGAACCCUCUGCCUAUGACCUGCUGAUCUUGGUCACAAUCCCAGGCCUCAGCUACCGGCACUACAGCGUCAGGCCCACGUCAGAGACCCAGGCAGCCGCCACCGUGGCCAGCACUGUCCGGUUCGGCCGCAGGCUGCGACGCACCAGCCAGGGUGACAGGCGCCUGGUGCCCGUGGCAAACGACUGCUACACGGUACUGCUGGACUCAGACACCAACCUCCUGCAUAGUGUCCAGGAGAGACAAAGCAACCGGACAGUGCGCAUGGCCCAGGAGUUCCUGGAAUACCAUGCCAAUGGGGACGUCAGGCGGGGGCCCAUCUCUGACAACUACCUCUUUGCGCCCAACGGGACAGCAGUGCCUGCGUGGGAGGCCGUGGGGCUGGAGAUCGUGGCAGGAAGGCUGGCGACUGAGAUCCGGCAGCGCUUCUACAGGGAUGCCAAGGCCCGGACUUACAUGUAUGCCAUCCAUUCCCGGCUGGCCCACGUGUCCCAGGGCCCCGGCAGCGAGGAGCUGCUGUGUCACCGCAUAGAGCAGGAGUACCGAGUGGGACCCCUGGAGCUGAACCGCGAGGCCAUCCUGAGGAUCAGCAGCAAUCUCAACAGCCAGCAGGUCCUCUACUCAGACAACAACGGCUACCAGAUGCAGCGGAGGCCCUACCGGCACUAUGUGAACGCCACCAUCGCACGGAACUACUACCCCAUGGUGCAGUCCGCCUUCAUCGAGGACCAGGAGGAUGACAGCAGGCUGGUGCUGCUGGCGGAACGGGCACACGGCGUCUCCAGCCCAGGCGGCGGGCAGGUGGAGGUCAUGCUCCACCGACGCCUGUGGAACAACCUGGCCUGGGACCUGAACUACAACCUCACACUGAAUGACACUUCCGUCGUCCACCCCGUGCUCUGGCUGCUGCUGGGGCCGCGGGCGGUCACCUCUGCCCUGCGCCCGCGGAGUGCACUAGCACUGCAGCACAGGCCCGUGGUGCUUCUCCAAGAGCUGUCCGGAGGCAGGGCUGCCACCCAGGGACAUGCCCCAAGGCCCCCAGUGUCCCAGCAACAAGCUGCCGUGCUGCUGCCCCCAAGCCUGCACCUUCAGCUCCUGAGUAUUCCUGGCCGGAACUACAGCACAAGCCACAGUGAACACAUGCGGGCUCUGCGGACAGGCCACCGAGGCCAGGCCCAAGCAGACGUACGCCGGGUCCUGCUACGGCUGCACCACCUGCAUGAGGUGGGGGAGGAUCCGGUGCUGUCUCAGCCAGUGACUGUGCAUCUGGAGGCUGCACUGCGGGGGCUGGGGGCUGUGGCAGCCGUGGAGGAGCGCUCGCUCACGGGCACCUGGGACGCACACACCAUGCAGCGCUGGAGCUGGAGGACAAACCCUGGCCACCAGACAGGGCACCCUACUUCUGACUCAAGGCUGCCCAGAGGCUGCAGCGUCACCAUCCACCCCAAGGAGAUACGCACAUUCUUUGUCCACUUCCGCCAGCAGUAAGACUCUUGGCCGCUGCUGGCAGCGUGGAGCGGUUGGGGGAGGGGCUGGCACCGUGGAGCGGUGGGGGGAGGGGCUGGCACCAUGGAGCUCUUGGGGGAGGGGCUGGCACCAUGGAGCUCUUGGGGGAGGGGCUGCUACUUGGGCCCUGGUAAGGUGGAGAUGGCCCUGUUAGCUUUCUGUGGUGAUUUUUAAAAUAAAAAGG